ACAGACUCUAGCCUUGGAGUCCAGAGUCCACCGACGCAUGGAAUGACCUAAAGCCGAGCCCAUCUGACUCGUCCUUGUCUCGCCCACUCGCCGUCUCUCUCUCUCUUCACCUCUCCUGCCGUCUCUCUUCGUCCGUCCGUUCAAGAAAUCUCCACCACGGCCACGGCAACAGCCAAGAAUAGCGGAACCCCCAUCAUUGACUAACACGUCUUGUCUCACCCCAAACUUUUUCUUCAUGCAGCUGGCGCUGACUGCAUUCCCUCCUUCGUCGACUGCCUGAUCCGGAUAUCCCGCAUCCUCUACCAGCUAAUCGGCGCUAGAGCAUCAUCGCGGGGCAGAAGCUUCGUCUCGGCCAUUAUCACUACAUGACGUUGAACACCACACCCCCCAACUACCUUCUCUCUUUUUAGCCAACCCUCCACCCGCCCUUCAUCGUUGUCUCACUGGCCACCAACCUCUUUAAUCCCGAAUAAUUGCGCUCCCAAUCGCCAUCCGCGAGAGUGACGGCUGUGUCGGCUAGCAGUCGGAGUCAAGGCCUUUUUUAUUCCGACUUCCGACUAGCACAUGAUAGCUGUUUGACCACCAGUCAGCAGCCUUUUCUUCCAUUUGCUUUCGCGCCCUCCAUUCGCAUCAAUUCACCAUGGCUGCCAAUCCGCAAGACCAGGGCCAGUCGGUGCGUUUCAGCGACGUAAAUCAAGAAAUCGAGCCCGAGAUUGCCGUGCGGCAUGUGGCCGCCCUCACAGGUGUCGAGAAAGACGAAAAUGAGCCAUUGAGCCCCGAGGCCGAGCAAGAGCUGCGGAACAUCUCCCAAACUCUGCAGAACUCUCGAUGUCAAGCACGUUAUGAACCCGUCUCCUUGCCCGCUUCAAGGGCCCCAUCUCCAACCCCAACGUCUCGCACACCUUCUGGUCACUCGAACCACCGCCUCUCGGCAACACCGCUUCGCCCGUCUCCUCCUGCUUCUACCAUGCACUCUCCACCCUUGACGCCCGCGGGCACUAGUUCGCACGAUGGGAAGCCGUCGGUCAUGCCAGAACAGAGAAAGGACCCGGCCAUGGUGACCCCACAGAUCUCACCUCCGCAUGAACCACCCCCAACAUCAAUGGAUGCUGUGCACAGUGGUGGUGAUAGAAAACACCAGUCCAUGAUAGCCCCUCAUUCGCCCAAACCACAUUCAAGGGAGGCCUCCCGUCCGUCGUCGGUAGCCGAUAUGUCGGGUAUAUUAGGACCCCAUCCUAGGAACCCGGUGUCUUUCCAUGUAGGCCCAACUGGAGACUCAUUGCCAGUGUCGAGGGAUGUCAGCCCGUCGGGGACUGCCGGGACUCGCACUCCAUUGCGGGAUUCACCUGGAGCAACACCAGCUAGCAGCAGGCCGUAUACUCCUCAAGAGAAAGACGAUUCCAGUGUUCGUGGGAAACGCGUUCCACAACCUAGACUGGCAGAGGGUUUGGAAGCUCGAUUUGUUUUAGAAAAUGAGAAUAGAAAGAAGCAGCAAGCGUCACCCGCGUCUUCAACCACACAACUCCAAGCUAAAAACCAUGACGGCGCAUCGGACAAGAGAUCCAGCUUCUUUGGUGGAUCAAAAUCUCGUCAUGGCUCGGCCGAUGAUAGCGAUGCUAGAUCCGUGAUUGGCAAGCAACAUCACCACUCUUCUAUGUCGGAACUAAAACGGUUCUUCAAGAUUGGAGGCCACAAGCACAAGGACAAGGAAAAGGAAAAGGACAAGAAGAAGGGAAAAGACAAGGAGAAAGAUAAGCGUCCGCAGUCUCCAGCGCCGUCCGUGAAAGAUAAGAUCAAGUCCAAGAAUAGAAUUACCAUGACACCACCAAUAACUGGCGGAGGACCGUCUGUUCCUUUUGCCGACGAUCACGGUCUAGAAAACAAAUAUGGAAAGUUUGGAAAAGUACUUGGCUCAGGAGCUGGAGGAUCGGUCCGCUUGAUGAAAAGAAGCGGCGACGGUGUCACAUUCGCAGUGAAACAAUUCCGAGCAAAGCACACGUAUGAAUCGGAGCGAGACUACAAGAAGAAGGUGACGGCGGAAUUCUGCAUAGGCUCGACUUUGCAUCACGGCAACAUCAUCGAAACCAUGGAUCUGGUGAACGAGAAAGGCAACUACUACGUUGUCAUGGAAUACGCACCCUUCGAUCUAUUUGCAAUCGUCAUGACAGGCAAGAUGAGCCGUGAAGAGAUGACCUGCUGCACGCUUCAGAUUCUAAACGGUGUAGCCUAUCUCCAUAGCAUGGGUCUUGCCCAUCGAGAUCUCAAAUUGGACAACGUGGUGGUGAAUGAACAUGGUAUCAUGAAGAUCAUCGACUUUGGCAGCGCUGCAGUCUUCCGAUAUCCCUUUGAGAAAGACAUUGUAAUGGCCAGUGGUAUCGUUGGCUCUGAUCCGUACCUGGCGCCCGAAGUAUACGACUUGUCGAAGUACGACCCUCAGCCUACCGACGUCUGGUCUCUUGCUAUCAUCUUUUGCUGCAUGACACUGCGCAGAUUUCCGUGGAAAGCACCCCGCGUCUCAGACAAUAGCUACAAACUAUUUGUCGCACCACCCAACGACGGCCCGAGAUCCAUCACGCACCCAUCCAAAUCAGCUACGGACCUUCAUCCUGAUGCAGCUCAGGACGAUCGACACAAAACAGGCGCGCAAUCCGAGCCAGCAUCCCGUGCUCCUUCGGGUCAAUCUUCUUCCAACCACCAUCACCACCGCAGUAAUGGUUCUCAUUCGGACCCUGUCACCAACGAUAAGACCUCCGCAUCGUCCCAGGCUACAACCGUAGCUAAGGAUUCUUCACAGCCUCCCCAGGUGAUCAAAGGACCAUGGCGACUUUUGCGUUUACUCCCUAGGGAGAGUAGAAGUAUCGUCGGUCGUAUGCUCGAAGUCGACCCUAAGAAACGAGCUACACUGGCUGAGAUUCUCGAAGACAAGUGGGUCAAAAACAACCAGGUCUGCGCCCAAGAAGAAGGCGGAAAGGUCCUCCGAGCUGAGAACCACGUACACACUCUCGAACCUGGUGCGACGCCGGCUGCAGGCUCCGCUGCCAACACCCAGCAGAAGAAGUGA